UGGGUUUGGAGCUUAUUUGGGGAUGCCUCGGUUCUUGCUCUUCGUACUUUCUUUGUUUCUUUCUCUUUUCUCGUUUCUCUUUUCUUUUAUAUAUCUUUACUUCUAUUAUAAAACAGUCAAAAGGCAGACUUCGGUACUGGCAAUUACAAAGCACAUGCAGAUUACCGACCUUCACUACAGCAAACGACUGCUUUUCAUCCACGAACUUGCUCAAGGUAGCAAAGUGAUUUCUAAACCCCGACGCAAGCAGAACACGCACGGGCACAUGUCCUCAUACUCCGAAUUACCGCCUUCUCUGCGCAUCUAUGACAAUCCAACAGUCUAUAUCCAGCAAUCUCUCGCAGGAUCAAAUAGGUGGUGCUGCGGUGCUGUGAGACGACCCCUGUGUCGCUGAGCAUUAACAACGGCUCUGGGGAUGACAACAUCGAACGGGAUGAACGACGACGACGGGGGUGGAUGUG